AUGUCCUUCACAUUCGGCACACCAUCAUCCAACGCUGGCUCGGGUGCGGCGAACACCUCAGCGGCGCCGGCUGGGGGUAGCAUAUUCGGAGCAGCUUCAGGAGCUACAGGAACCACAGGAACUCCAUCAUUCUCUUUCGGCAACUCAAGUUCAGCCGCGGCCGGAUCGACCACACCAGCCGGCGGUAGUCUUUUUGGCAACACAACAGCCGCCGGCGCCGCGAAACCGGCUGGGAGUCUUUUUGGCACCGCCGGAGCCUCGACUGCAGCGCCUGCCACCGGAGGAGGCCUGUUUGGAGGGGGUGCUGGGGCUUCAGCAGGAGGCAGUUUAUUCGCCAAGCCUGCUGGGACAACAGGGACGACUGGAACUACUGGGGCGAUGUUUGGAGGUGCUUCGACUGCUGCCCCGGCCGCCACGACAGCAGCUCCAUCGUCCCUGUUUAACAGUGCAACUGCUGCCGCUCCAGCGAAGCCGCUUUUUGGAGGUGCUGCUCCUGCCGCCUCUGGCACGACUAUAGGGACACCAACAACGGCUGCUGGGGGUUUGUUUGGGGGUGCGUCGACCACACCAACGACUGCCGCCGCCGCGAAACCAGCCGGUAGCUCACUGUUUGCAGGUGCCGGCGGCAGUGGAGGAAGUCUGUUUGCGGGGGCCACAGGUGCUGGUGCUACAUCAACUCCCGCUAAGCCAUUGUUCGGUGGUGCCGCCGCCGGUGGAUUAGGCUCAACUACCCCAGCCGGCGCUCCUCCAGCGGAUGCCGCGAAGCCAGCAGCCGGUAGUUUGUUCUCGACGGCUAAUACCACGACAAAGCCUGCUGUUACUGCCCCGGCCGCCGGGGGCCUAUUUGGUGCAACAACCGCCCCGGCGGCCAGCAAUCUCUUUGCACCCAAGCCGGCUACCACUGCAGCUCCUGCCACCACCGCCCCUGCUGCUUCGACACCGGCAGCUGGUGGUCUUUUCUCAAACCCUGCUGCAACUACUGCUCCCGCCGCGACAACUGCUGCUGUCACUACGGCCCCAGCGGCCGAGGGUCUCUUUGGUGCUGGAGCUGCUACUACUACGGCCCCAGCGGGUGCUUCCAAGCCAGCCGGCACUCUGUUCGGAACGGGAACCCCGGCGACCACCUCGGCGGCUACUACCUCCGCCACACCAGCCGCUACCACGGCCCCGGCAACCGGGGGUCUCUUCGGAGCUCCCGCGGCAGGCACCACAGCGCCUGCUGCCACCACAGCUGCUGCUACUUCCUCCGCUCCCGCAGCUGGAGGUCUCUUCGGACCCAAGCCCGCGGCUACAACCACGACCACCACCCCCGGCCUCACACCCUCCAACCCAGCCCAGACAGCCGCCAACCUCACAGCUUCCACCCUCGGCCCCACCUCCCAGCUCCCCCGUCUCAAGAACAAGACCAUGGACGAGAUCAUCACCCGCUGGGCGACAGACCUGUCCAAAUACCAAAAGGAAUUCAAAGAGCAAGCCAACAAGGUCUCGGAGUGGGAUCGCAUGCUCGUCGAAAACGGCGAGAAGAUCCAGCGCCUGUUCAACUCCACCCACGAAGCGGAGCGCGCCAGCAACGAGAUUGAGCGUCAGCUCCAGGGGGUGGAGAGCCAGCAGGAGGAGCUGGGGGCCUGGCUGGACAGGUAUGAGCAGGAGCUGGACGAGCUGUAUGCCAAGCAGGGGGUGAAUUUGGCGCGGGAGGAGCAGAUCACGGGGCCGGAUCAGGAGAGGGAGAGAACGUACAAGCUGGCGGAGAAGCUGACGGAUCGGCUGGACGAUAUGGGCAAGGAUUUGACAAAGAUGAUCAAGGAGAUUAAUGACAUGAGUGGGAGUUUGGGGAGGGGAGGGAUGAGUGAUGAUCCGCUCUCUCAGAUUGUCCGCGUCUUGAACAGCCACUUGACGCAACUGCAGUGGAUCGACACCAACGCCAAGGCUCUCCAGGCCAAGGUCCAGGCCGCGCAGAAGACGACGGGGAAUAUGGGCGGUGGGAGUGUCAAGGAGACGGAGAGCAAUGCUGCCGAGAGCUUUUAUCGGUCCUAUCGGGGGGGCGGUUUCAAGUAA